UUGGUGGCGCUGAUAAGGAGAUGAGGAUUGAUGAGGGUUGAUGAAUAACAGGGCAGGAGCGGCCGAAGGAUGACAGGGAUGGGGCAAGGGGGUCGCAAUCAUGUCCAGAUCGGGGAGGUGCGAAGGAACGGGCCAAGCCUUGGGGUCAGCAAAGACCGCCAAGAUUGCAACGCCAGAGGUACCCCACCCUAACGGCGCCCACUGCCCAAUACGUCCUCUUCCCCCCUGUCUUUGCCCUCCUGUAAUAAGUAAUAUGCCAUCAAUAUGCCAAUCCAAGUCAGCUAGAGGCUUGGUUAGAGGCUUGGGGAGCUGUGCCAGGAACAGAAGGAGCUUCGUGUCUUGGGGAAGCACCCCUCGGCUCCAGAGCCUCUCCGACCUUGUUCCUCCUUCCCUCAGUCCACCACUCCAUCGUCGCUUGCCACCGGUGGCGUAUGAGAGGCUUGACGCUUUGCGCUUUGCGGGCUUUGCCGCCGUUACGGGCACCGUACCGCCCGAACUCUCACCACUCGGGCACUUGUCCCCAGACUCCGGCGGAGGCUUCGCGUCGCUCGAGACUAGCGAGUUGCGACAUGCCGGGUGUCUGCUGAUCGGCCCACGUUCGAUUCCUCUUCGGUCUUCAUAG